CGUAAACAAAGCCGAAACCGGAAGUGUGGAACCAAUCGCCUCCGAUGGUCGCAGCAAAAACAUUUGCACGCGUGACGUCCCCAUGGACAACUCGCGAGUGUGGACGUCGACGACAAGUUAGGUCGCGUUCACAAUUUCCAAAUAUAUAAAUUUAAAAAAAAACAAAACAAAAACAAAAGUCAGGAGAGCUGUUAGCCUUGCUAGCAUGGCGUCCUCAACGGGGCUCCCGGCUGCGUCUCGCCCCGCGGGCAGGCCGCCGCCGCCGCCGCCGCAGCCUCCUCGCCCGCAUCAGGCCGGGCUGGCCGCCGGCGUCAUGGUGGAGUCCGUGGACGACGCGGAGGGUCUUUUCGUGGCGGUGGAGCGGUGCCCUCUGUGCAGCACGUCCCGACGCAGGCUGACGUGUGCCCGUUGCGUGCAGGCCGGAGACUUCGUGUACUUGGACGGCAGGAACACGGAAAGGUGCGCAGACAAGAUGGCGAGGCUCGAGAAGCUGAAGGCCGAGAAGGAGCAGCUGCAGCAGAGGGUGGUCCGCGCCAUGCACGGGAAGCUGCAGACCGACGAGACGAAGUGGAAGAUGAUGUGGUGCCGCAUGAAGAUGGAGCAGAUCAAGCAGGCGCUGAUCCGCGCGCGGCAGGAAGUCCAGAGCGACAAGGAGCUGCUGCUGCGCUGCCAGGAGGAGCGCCAGCGCCUUCAGCGCCGCGCCGGCCGGCACCGGCAGAAGCGGGAGAAGAUCGAGCGGCACAACCGGCGUCUGGACGAGCUGCUGGAGCGACGCCGGGACGAGCUACGCGAGCGAGUCGCUCAGCUGGCGGCCACGCGGCGGGGUCACAUCGCCGAGUUGACCGCGCACAUCUUCCCCACGCGGGAAGAGAAGGCCCGCAGCAGAGACCCGGCCGACGCGGCGUCGGAGUGCGAGCCGGCGCUGACGUCCAGCACGGUCAGCGAGCUGGCGGAGGCGCGCAGGACCACCUACCUGUCGGGGCGCUGGAUCUGGGACGACCAGAACGGCGAGACCAGCGUCAGCAUCGCGGGGCCCGCCGUCACCCUGCCCGGCAACGGCGACUGCUCGGCCUACUACGGCCGAGCGGACGAGAAGAGCGCCGAGCGUGGCCCAGAACUGGACCACAUCGACCCGGCCCACACCAUCAGCGCGGCUCUGUGCUACGCCACUCAGCUGCUCACCAUCUUGUCGCACAUCCUGGACGUCAACCUGCCCAAGAAGUUGUGCAACAGCGAGUUCUGCGGCGACAACCUCAGUCGCUUCCGCUUCACACGCGCACUCGGCAAGCUCAACGCCAACACGCUGCACCUGUGCUUCUCACAGCACGUGGACGGUGACAAGCUCCACCCCCACCACACCUUGCGCAACAUCAUGUUCCUGGUGUCGCCCGACAACGCCAACCUGGGCAGGACGGGUCCGUUUGAGGCGAGCGGCGACCUGGAGGGGUCCAUGGAGUUCGUGGAGCCGGAGGCGUCGCGGCCCGCCGAGGAGAGCGGGGACGAGGCGGUCAGCGACGACGAGACCGACCUCGGCACCGACUGGGAGACCGUCCCCAGCCCGCGAUUCUGCGACAUACCCUCGCAGCCCAUGGAUCUUUCCCAGAGUGCACUGCAGGUGUCUCAGCCGUCCAUGAACACGGGAGGAAUGAUCUCGUCGGCGGCGGCCUCCGUCACGUCCUGGUUCCGAGCGUACACGGGCCAGCGCUGACCUCGCUCGCGC